GCAGAGGCUCCUGGGAGCAUAAAAGAUGACAACAGCAGCUAGGCCAACUUUUGAACCUGCAAGAGGGGGGAGAAGAAAAGGAGAAGGUGAUUUGAGCCAACUCUCAAAGCAGUAUUCAAGUAGAGACCUACCUUCUCAUACAAAGAUAAAAUAUACACAAACCACUCAGAAUGCCCCUGAAGAGGUUCGCAACCGUGACUUCAGGAGAGAGCUGGAGGAGAGAGAGCGAGCUGCCGCCAGAGAAAAAAAUAGAGAUCGUCCAACACGAGAACAUACAACCUCCUCAUCAGUGUCCAAGAAACCUCGGUUAGACCAGAUUCCUGCUGCCAACCUUGAUGCAGAUGAUCCUCUAACAGAUGAGGAAGAUGAAGAUGAAGAUUUUGAAGAGGAGAGUGAUGAUGAUGAUACUGCAGCUCUUCUUGCAGAGCUAGAAAAAAUUAAAAAAGAAAGAACUGAAGAGCAGGCCAGGAAGGAACAAGAACAAAAAGCUGAAGAAGAAAGAAUACGUAUGGAAAACAUAUUGAGUGGAAACCCUCUCCUUAAUCUCACUGGCCCAUCCCAGCCUCAGGCCAACUUCAAAGUUAAAAGAAGGUGGGAUGAUGAUGUUGUUUUCAAGAACUGUGCAAAAGGUGUAGAUGAAUCAGAAGAAAGACAAAAGAUUUGGAAAUGAUACACUGCGAUCUGAAUUUCACAAAAAGUUCAUGGAGAAAUAUAUUAAAUAGUACAGUUUUAUGUGCUUAAUUAAAGACUGUAAAAUGUAAACAAAAAAAAAAACAAGAUGUGAAU